GAGCCUAAAUCUCUCAUUCACUUGUUAUGAGGUCUGCCGUAAAGUGGUUAACAUGCAAGUCUCGCUACUGCAGGGAAUCGCCGUGCUAUAUAUCGGCUUUUAUUGGUGGGAUUUUUCAGUGGCAACCAAACGCCAAGGGCAAAACAGAGAAGCAAGGUUAACGCUAAAACCAAAACAUGGUGGCCAUCUAGUGCUAUCCUCGAGGAGGAUCAAGCUCGGGGAAGUGUUUUUGUCGGGAAUCAACGGCCUGCGCGGAGAGAGGGGCGAAAAAGGCGAAAAAGGCGAGAAAGGCAGCCAGGGCGAAAAGGGUGAUAAAGGAGACAGCUGUUCCAGUAGUUGCAAAAACAUUUUUACAUCGUCUGUACCUGAAUCUUGUGAUGCUCGAGCAGAAGGAGAACUAAGGUACGACAAAACAUCUGCCCAGCUGUUCCUCUGCAGCCGGAAACAAUGGCAACAACUGCAGACUGUCCUGCGGGGGGAGAUUAGCAACUCACCACCGAGAAAGUCCUGUCUCGACAUAUUGUUCAAAGGUGAAAGUCAGGGUGACGGCAUGUACUGGAUCAAUCCAACUGGUACAGACCCUGAGCAGAAUGCAUUUCGCGCGUACUGCGACAUGACGACUGCAGGAGGAGGGUGGACCCUUGUUGCCAAGGUUACACAUGACUACAGCUGGGUUUGUCCUGAUAGAGAUGGUGGUAUGUGCCGAGGGUCUAAAACGGACCCAAUGAAUGCCAACCUGUUCCACGAUAUCCACCAAAGGGACACGGUGGACUUGUCAAUUAAAAGCAACGUCGAUGCUGGAGUCCAUCUGAACGACACGAUCAUCCGGAUGCUGUUCGUUUCUGGUCGAAAAUCUGUUCGGUUCACCUUCGUUGGUUCCGGAAAUGACUGGACGGCAACCGAAGAUGCCUACGCCGCAUUCAACCCGAGCAAAAAGAACAAGAUGUUUGUGGAUCACGAAUGGGGUCAAUACACGCUUGACAACGUAGACUACACGUGGAAUAUCAUCAAGCACACUCGCAAGGACAAGACGUUUAGUGGAAAGAUUAUAUGUUGGGGAAACAAGGUGAAACACUCAUACCGCUUCUACGAUCAUGGCCUCCAUGUCGGCUCCCCUGCAUCCGCCCACAAGCCGUGCCUACUCGACAAUAAUGAAAACGAGGUUAUGCUUAAGAGCCACUAUGCUACCUUACAAGGCUCUCCACUAAAAGGUCGCUGGGAUAUGGCUCAGUUUGGGUUCCUUGGGGCUCAGUAUGUUCAGGUGCCAAAUAAACGCAUUGCAAUAUGGGUACGAUGAGUUAGAAAUACCCGUAACCCGAAUAUUGCUUACAACUGACAAAAAUUAUUAUCAUUAUUCACGUCUUUUCAAGACGCUGACACUUAAUCAGGCUGGAAAAGAUGCGAGUUUUACUGAAAGUGUAUAAUUCUUAGCGUAAAAUGAGCCAAAAAAAACCUCAAGCAGGGCCCAUAUUUAGUUCUACUUACAUAAUACCGAUUCUCUCUAUUCUUCAUACGUUUGGGGACCUAACACCCACGAGUAGGAGAAACAUUCGGCGGAAACAAGGAGCAAAGAUAGUUUUCAGUGACUUUUCAUUUGAUUUCUAAUGAUAUAUAUGCAACUUUUUCUUAAAGCAUCCAACAUCAUCCGGUAAAAGAGAUGCGAGUAGACAUAUUAUAGCUAGUGCGUGUGAUCUUGAUAUAAUACCCCACUCUCCACACCACUUUGCGAAAAAAUGUAUGGAACCUAGAAAGAAGAAUUGCAGAUCAGAUGCUGCGUUAGAUUACUUAAUGUUACUUCUGUCGAGAGAUGGCAUUUUAUUAAUAUCAUUUGGAAUACGUCCCAGUAGGUCCUCUCAUCUUGAAACUAGAAAUCAAAUAGUAAAAGUGUACAGUUUUUGGUUAGUGAUGUAUGACUAACUAAAGUUAGGCCGAGACGCCUAAGUGUAUGCUGUGCAAGUUAUAAAACGCAGAAUAUCCGAUGAGAUUCUGUAAAUUUAACUACAAAGUAAAUUACUUAGGGGUAUUAGCUUUAUUUAUUACUCAUUAGUUUUUGUGGGUAACUAAGAUGGUAUUACUUAGAAGAAAUGGGAUGGUCGCCUCUUUGUCGCCACUGAAUCCUAUUUUGUCUGUUAAAGCAGGCUAAAAAAAUGUUUAGUCCACGUCGGCAUGUGCUCGGGUUAUCGAAGCUAUGUGUUGCCUUAGUUUUGUCCAAGUGAAAAGAAUGUGCCAAGCUAUUUAAUCAUUGAUCGUGUGUCGGCUUUAGCAGAUUUUUCCGGCUAAAGUUUUGUUUUAAGCACAUUCAAUCCGUCGACACGUUUCUUUUCUUUCCGAUGCAUUGAAAGAACCCGACGGAAACUCUAAACCGCUAAAUUUGAGGAAAUUGCGUGGAAAGCUAAGUAGCCUUAAGCCAUAAAGAUCCUCUGGAAACGUGUCACAGUUAUUUUAAGUACUCUGUUUUAUCAACAUGACACCUUUAACCGAAAGGAAUAUCAUGGCAGCCCAAGUUUCUGAGUGAAAAACAGCUAUUUUCGAUGUCGCCGCGACGGUCUUUGUCGAAGAUCAAUAAGGUAUCUCGACGAAGUCAUAACAAAUUAAAGGUCUUAAGGGUGUACAGCAUAUUAAAUCUAUUAUCUUAA